AUGGUUGUUGAGAAAAUUUUCCCCGAUAUUUGCCCAUGUACAACCGAUUUUUUGCAGGGGGGCAUGAUCCUUGACAUCCUUAAGCUUCCUCCCGAGGCUGCACUUCAAACCCAAACCAAGGAAGGGAGGGCCCCCACGAAAAAGUUCGAUCUCGAGAAGCUUCAGUCAUCUGAAGUGAAAGCUGACUUUCAGGCAGACCUACAGUCCAAGCUUGAGAGCGUCGACUGCCACUGCCAUUCUGCAAAAUCUGAAGAAGUUCUUGGGUUUACCACCAAGAGGAACAAAGACUGGUUCGAUGAGAACAACCAAGAGAUCCAGGAACUGCUGACGAAGAAGAGGUCAGCCCAUCAGGCCCACCUGGCUCAGCCGUCAUGUCCUGUGAAGAAAGCUGUCUUCCGUCUCAUUUGCAGCAACCUCCAGCGCAAGCUUCGAGAGAUCCAGAAUGAGUGGUGGACCAACCACGCAGAGAAAACUCAGCUUUGCGCAGACACUGGUGACUACAGAGGCUUCUAUGAAGCCCUAAAGGCAGUAUAUGGUCCUACUCACCACGUCCAGAGUCCUUUGCGCAGUGCAGAUGGCCAGGCGCUCUUCACAGACAAAACUUCCAUCCUGAGCCGUUGGUCCGAGCACUUUCAGGCCCUCUUCAGCGCUGACCGCGUCGUCCAGGACUCAGCAGUUCUCCGCAUUCGUCAGAAGCCAGUCAUAGAGGAAUUGGAUGAACUACCAUCUAUAGAAGAAAUUUCAAAAGCCAUAGAGCAGCUGAAGUGUGGCAAGGCAGCAGGAGUUGAUGGGAUCCCACCAGAGAUCUGGAAAGAUGGGGGACCAACACUACACAGCAAGCUCCACGAACUCCUUGUCUGUUGUUGGGAGCAGAGCAAGCUUCCAAGAGACCUCCGUGAUGCAGUCAUUAUCACUUUGUACAAGAACAAAGGAGAAAAGUCGGACUGCUCAAACUACCGGGGGAUAACAUUGCUCUCUAUCGCGGGAAAAGUCUUCGCCCGAGUGCUUCUGAACAGAUUGCUACCCACCAUCGCUGAAGACCACUUCCCAGAAACCCAAUGUGGAUUCAGGACCAACAGGGGCACCACAGACAUGGUGUUCGUCCUCAGGCAGCUCCAAGAGAAAUGCCGGGAGCAGAACAAAGGGCUGUACGUGACUUUUGUGGAUCUGACCAAAGCGUUUGACACUGUGAGCAGGAAGGGGCUAUGGAUGAUCAUGGAACGCCUUGGCUGCCCCCCAAAGUUCCUCAGCAUGGUCAUCCAAUUGCACAGUGAUCAACACGGCCAAGUCAGGUUGAACAGCGACCUCUUUGAGCCCUUCCCCAUCGUCAAUGGCGUGAAACAGGGUUGUGUUCUGGCACCUACACUGUUCAGCAUCUUCUUCAGCAUGAUGCUCAAGCAGGCCACUGAAGACCUUGACGAUGACGAAGCUGUGUACAUCCGCUACCGCCUUGACAACAGUCUGUUCAACCUCAGGAGACUGCAUGCCCACACAAAGACUCUUGAGCAGCUGAUCCGUGACCUCCUCUUCGCUGACGAUGCUGCCCUCGUUGCCCACACCGAAAGAGCCUUGCAGCGCCUAACAUCUUGCUUUGCAGAGGCUGCGCAGCUCUUCGGACUCGAGGUCAGUAUGAAGAAGACAGAGGUCCUCCACCAGCCUGCACCCCGGGAAGAAUACCUCCUCACAUCACUAUUGCUGAAGAAGGGUACGAAGAUCAGUGUCUACAGAGCCGUCAUACUCACCACCCUGCUGUACGGCUCCGAGUCAUGGGUAACAUACCGUCACCACCUACGACUCCUAGAGCGCUUCCACCAGCGCUGUCUCCGCACCAUCCUCAACAUCCACUGGAGUGACUAUGUCACCAACGUUGAGGUUCUCGAACAGGCAGAGAUCAUCAGCAUUGAGGCCAUGCUGCUGAAGUCGCAGCUUUGCUGGGCAGGACACGUCUCUAGAAUGGAGGAACAUCGCCUGCCCAAGAUUGCCCUGUACGGCGAACUUUCCACAGGCCAGCGUGACAGAGGUGCACCGAAGAAACGAUACAAAGACUCCCUCAAGAAGUCCCUCGGUGCCUGCCACAUUGACCACCGCCAGUGGUCGACACUCGCUGCUGACCGCCAGGCCUGGCGCCACACCGUUCACCAGGCCGUCUCCUCCUUCGAGGACUCCCGUAGGUCUAACCUGAAGGAGAAACGCCGCAUGAAGAAGGACCGGAAAGCCUCAGCAGCUGUAUCAGACCAGACUUUUGACUGCAGUCGCUGCGGCCGGACAUGCCUGUCCCGCAUCGGUCUUGUCAGCCACCAGCGCGCCUGCAGUCGACGUGGACAGCCCCUUUCAUAA